AAUUAAAAUGGCUUUUGUUCCAGAAAAUAAUUGUACAGCUGCGCUGCUUUAUGUUCAAUUUACUCCUCUUUAUAUUGUCCAUUGGUUGCAAUCUUUACUAUCUUUGGCUACGAUGAUAUCUUGCGGGUUAAAUUUGGCAUACUCCUUAAAUUCGGGAGUAAAAGAGCAGAUGAGCUUUCAUAAAAAUGUUAAAAUAAUUCUUGUGGGGGCCUUGUUUCUUUACAUGAUUCAUUCACUUGUAAUGUUUGGAAUGCAUUUUGGAUAUAUUGUGGGUUUAAAGACUUGGAAUUGA